AUGCUGGGCCAACGGGACCCCGGGCACUACGGCACCCUGACCCUGGUGGACAUCGAUCAGCGUAUCGCCGAAGCCGCCGACGCGCACGGGGUCGAUGUGGAGUGUUUCCAGUCCAACCACGAGGGCGAGCUCAUCGAUUGUUUGCAAGCGCAACGCGGGGACAUCGACGGCGUCGUGGUGAAUGCUGGCGCCUUAACUCACUACGGUUUGUCGCUAAAAGAUUCUUUGACCGAUGCUGGUGUGCCCGUGAUCGAGGUGCAUCUCAGCAAUAUUCACGCCCGCGAAGAAUGGCGGCGGCGCUCCGUUCUGGCAGACACAGUGCGAGGCCAGAUUGCCGGUCUAGGGUGGAGAGGCUAUACUGCUGCUGUGGGAGCCUUGGCUGGAAUCAUCGCCGACGAAGCGUCAUAA